GCUGAUAUGGAAAGAAAUCAUCCCGCACCUUGCGUUGAUGACGAGGCAGACGAAGCGGCAGUUGAGGUGUUGACGACUAUACAUGAUGUCGAGAAUCUGGUGAAAAUUCCAAGUGCGAUUGGAUCGAGUGUGGUAAUUGAACUAAGACAGUACAUGCAGGCACAUCACCAUGACGAAGACAUACAGAAGCGUAUUGUGGAGACCUUGUCUAUACUUUCUCUGGAGGAUGACAAUCGUAUCCCUCUCGGCCAAGUGGGCGUUCACCGGGACAUUCAAAACUCUAUGCGCAAGCAUCUGCAAUCUGUUCAUAUCCAACAGGCUGCCUGUGGCGCUCUACUGAAUUUAAUUUUUGACCCGGUGAAUUGCCGACGAUUGGGUGAAGCUGGUGUACAUUUGGACCUAUUGCGUGCUAUGGACAUGCACGCAAAUGAGGCAGAGGUGCAAAGUGUAGCGUGUGGGGCCUUACUUAAUCUUUGCAUGGAUCACGAGAAUAGAACCAGGUUGGGUGCAGCGAAUGUCCACCUUCAAAUACGGAAGGCAAUGCAGCGGCACAAAACGGACAGUGCUGUUCAGGCAUCUGCAUGUGGAGCACUUGGUUGCUUGGCCUUGAAUCCGAAAAAUCAAGUACGGCUUGGGGAGGCGGAUAUGCAUUUUGAUUUGCAACAGGCAAUGAGGGACCACAGAGAUUCGGCGAUGGUGCAGAAGAACUGUCUGGGCACAUUGCUUCUAUUGUGCUGCACACCGGAGAACCGGUCUAAGUUGGCCGAAGCAAAAGUGUAUGUUCAGAUUCAAAUCGCAAUGCAAGCGCACAGACAGAAUUUAGAGAUGCAGAUAAAUGGGAUCGGAAGUCUAGCAGCACUUACCCGCAAGGGAAAGCAGGCUACUUCAGCUAUCGUGAAGUUGAUGAUCUACAUCGAUGUACAAAUAGCUAUGAGGACUUUUCCUGACUGUGUUGAAGUACAGCGGCUGUCGUGCUUUUUUCUUGGCAAUCUUCUGAAGAAACGCAGAAAUCAACUCAAGCUAAGAGAUGCGGACUUUCGUCAAGACAUACAUAGCGCAAUAGUACAUCAUUGGACCGACAAGGAAUUACAAAACGUAGCUUUUAUGGCUUUGAAACAUAUGUAAGGAUCGUCACACCAUUUAACCCACGAUCCCAAUGUUCAGACCUCGCAUUUGACCUAGGCAACCGC